GGCGCAUUAUGGCAGAUUUCGUAUAUAAUGUGCUAGAACUCGACAUUUACGUUUUUCUCCGACAUCCAGACCAUAUCUUUUAAGAAUAGUUGCAGUUGUCUGUGAAUACGUGCUGCUUUUCCACAUGUCAUCGGCUCGCCGAUGAUUCACAUCUAUUCUACACGUGAGCACCCGAAAAUCUCGAACCAGACGCCCGUACGUACGCAUGCACGUACGCACGAGGUAUAUCUCCAGGCACAAUUUCGAAUUCGAAUAUUUGCGAAUGCAUGUGUUCUAUUUAUGCGUUGAACCACGUCCAACAUGAAAAUACGUCGAUCCUGAUCUUAAUUGCCGCUUGGUACAGCUACAUUGUUGACCGUCGCACAGAGAUAACCUCAUCGGCUAGCAUAAAUAGCUGGACAUUCUAUCGAUGAUUAAUUAGAUUAUUUUAUAAUUUUUAUUAUGAACGGAAAAACAAAUGCAGACGUGUCCUACUUGAGUUGUCAGAUAAAUGGAACGAAAUAUAUUUUGCAAACUAUACCAGAUACAAGUAUAAAAGAUGCGAUACCCAGCGAAGAGCAAGAUACAAUUGAUGUUGAGAAUGACACCGAACUGGAAAAAGACGAGGAAUCGAUUCCUUUAGCUUCUUUGGACGGAGAAGUAUGGUACGCGUUACAAAACGGAGUGUUUCAAGAACUGAACAUCAGUCAAUUUAUCGAUCAAGGAAGUUGUCAUGAAAAAACAUUCUUAGUGCCAAAGGAUGUGGAAAACUGUGCGGAUGAAUACAUUAACAAUGGAAAUAUAAUAUUUGAAGAUGGAAAUGAGCCAUCUGAAGAACAAUAUGAAGUUGUUACAGAUAAUUUGGAAAAAGAUUUCUUUAUGGGAAAAGACAGUCUUAAUUGUAAUGAUUUUGUAGAAGUUGUAACUGCCUUCAAAUGCAAAAUAUGUACUUAUACGACUCAAGAUAAAAUGGAGUUAUUGGAUCACUUUCAAAAUACACACAUAAAUCCUACUGUAGAUAUUGAGCCAAAAGAAGAAUCUAAAAACACAAGCGAAGCAAGAUUAGUUUAUAUGUGUGGGGAGUGUUCUAACUGCUAUUCUUCUAUUGAAAGUUGCAAAGAGCACAUGAUUGAGGAUCAUCAACUAACGGACACUGUAGCUGAUAAAUCUGAAAAGGAAAAUUUAACAAAUGACUUAACAGGCUCUACUUUAGUUACUGAACAUGUACAGGAGUGUGACGAGAGUGUCGAAGUAAAGCAUGAAGUAAAAGUGGCAAAAACCUUAAGCUCGGAAUACAUACUCAACAGAAAGAUGAUCGAAUUAACAGAAAGAACUGUGAAAUGUUCGUAUCGUGGUUGUCCAUACAAAUUUGCCACAGAGGAGAUUAUGCACCAACAUGUCCUCUGUCACAUAGAAUCCCAAACUGUAACGACAUUCAAAUGUAGCGUUUGUCGUGAUUUAAAGUUUACAAAAUGGCGCCAGUGUAGUUUACAUUUGUGGAAAAAGCAUCAAAUUGACGUAGGUUUAUUUACAUGUAAAAUAUGCAAAGCCUAUAAAAGCGCUACCAUGGUAAAACUCUUGACGCAUAUGAGGGUGCACAGCGAGACUCGUGAGUACGAAUGUUCCGAGUGCGGGAAAUGUUUCAAGCAAGCCAGUCAAUUGCGCAAUCAUCGUGUGAUGCAUUUGGACCGCAAAACGCUAGAAGUAACGCGAUGGUACACUUCUAAAAAGUGUGAUAUAUGCGGCAAGACCUAUGCGAACUCGAAAUGUUUGAAGAAUCACAUUCAAGCUGUACAUUCAAAAUUACGGCCGUACGUUUGCAAUGUCUGCGGUCAUGCUAGUGCGAGAAAGGCAAUGUUGCAAAUGCAUUACCGUCAACACACGGGAGACAAACCUUUCAGUUGCGAGAUAUGCAAAUAUAAAACCGGAGAUCACAAUACUUUACGGCGGCAUGUUAUGCAACACACGGGAUUUCGACCAUAUAAGUGUCCGCAUUGUCCGUAUACUGCGAUACAAAGCAGUAGCUAUAAAAAUCAUUUGAAAUCCAGGCAUCCUUUGCUUUCUGGUUUAUUCACGUGCGAGUUAUGUCCUUUCAAAACAGUAAAGAAUGAAAGCUAUAUUCAGCAUUUGAGAGAUCAUGAAAAGGGUUUGAUUAAACAUAAUACACAGAAGAAAGACAGUGAAAAUGUCGAAGUGUUUCCUGGCAAUAUCGCAGCGGCACAAUUGAUUUACAGCUGUUUAGGUGCUUUCUCGAAAGUUGGAGAUACAUUAGAAGCUAAUUUGAUGUCUUCCUCAACAUCCGCUGAUGGCACCUCACAAACAAUCACGAUACAAAUACCGUCAAAACAUCUUGAAGGCUCGCUGCCAACCAGAGAAACUUUAUACAAAAGUAAUUCGAUCGAGCAAGACGAUGACGAGACGAUGCAUUGCUUUUUAAAAAUUCCUAGAGAAGAAGAAGAGAAUAUAGACACUGGUGGUAUAACGAUACCUGCAGAACCCGAAGAAGCGAGCAUGACAACUAUUGAUGUUGACAAUGAAAUUGUUGAUGUUGACAAUGAAAUUGCAUGAAAUUGUACAAUAAUUACAAACUAUUAAAUUUAUCUUUGAUAUA